UCAUAUUGCAGUUUUUGAGAUUUCAUUCAUUGUUAUAACUUGUGCAUUCAAAUGGGUGGUGGCAAAGGUGGAAGUGGCGGUGGCAGUAAAGGUGGUGGCGGAGGCAGCGGUGGUGGCUCUGGAAAUGGUGGAGGAGGAAGCACAUCCAAAGGUGGAGGGGGGGCUUCUGGAACGAUGGUAGCUCCGGGGAGUGGAGGUGCGGCCACUAUAUCGAGGGGCGCAUUCGAGAGCAACCCUCAGGGAUACUUUGCUGGUCUGCAUUCAAGUGAAAAGGGCAAUAAAUAAAUAAGGGAUGGUAUUGCUGGAAAAGCCUAAGUUCAUGUAUUAUUUACAGUAAAGUAAUGCAUGACUAAUUAAAUAAAAUUUAUGGCAA